GGAGUAUAGUCAAUGGCGCCGACAUCGGCGACAUCUUUCGACUUUCAUAACAACUACUCAGUAUCUGCCGGUGGCUGACGGUGGCAUGGUCGUUGGUUGUUCGCUGCUCACCGUCGUGCUCCCUGUACUCGAGUUUUCUCGGUGAAUUUGCUCUAGGAUGACAUUACGUAAAACGAAGUGAACUUCACUAAGCACUUGCUCUCGACCCGCGCCCGUGGAACCUCGGUAACAUGGCUAUGUUGGUGAAGGAUGUGCACCUCCCGAAGUCGCCUGUGGCAGAGCUGGUCUUGCCCAAGCACAAGGAGUACCUUGCUAGCUAUGGCACCAAGAAGGAUGACUAUGAGUACUGCAUCACCGAGCACCUCCGCAUGAGUGGCAUCUACUGGGGGAUGACAGCCAUGGACCUGAUGGGGGCCCUAGACGCCUUCAACAAGGCCGAGAUCAUAGACUUUGUGAAGCAGUGUCAGUACUCGUGCGGAGGCUUUGGAGCCAGCGUCCACCACGAUCCACACCUCCUGUAUACACUCAGCGCUAUACAGAUACUGGCAACAUUCGAUGCAUUGGAUGCAAUUGACAUUGACAAAACCGUUAGUUACGUUAAAGAGCUUCAGCAGGAUGAUGGCAGCUUCUACGGGGAUAAAUGGGGGGAGGUUGACACCCGCUUCUCAUUCUGUGCUGUGGCUUGUCUUUCUUUACUGAACAAGCUGCAUGCCAUCAAUGUGGAGAAGGCAGUCGAUUUCGUGCUUUCCUGCAUGAACUUUGAUGGCGGUUUUGGCUGCAAGCCAGGCUCCGAGACUCACUCGGGACAGAUCUACUGUUGCCUUGGGACUCUUUCCAUAUUGGGCAGACUUCACCACAUCAAUGCAGACCUCCUGGGCUGGUGGCUGUGUGAGAGACAGUUACCUUCCGGUGGGCUCAAUGGUCGUCCAGAAAAGCUUCCUGAUGUCUGCUAUUCCUGGUGGGUCUUGGCAUCCCUCAAGAUUAUCGGGAGGUUGCAUUGGAUAGACAAGGAAAAGUUGGAGACGUUUAUCCUUGCAUCUCAAGAUGAAGAAACGGGGGGUUUCGGUGACCGACCAGGUGACAUGGUGGACCCUUUCCACACGGUUUUUGGUCUGGCCGGGCUCUCUCUCCUGGGCGACCAGAGGCUGAAGCCAGUGAACCCCGUGUUCUGCAUGGCAGAAGAAGUAAUUUCCAGGCUGGAUGUGCAGCCCCAAUUGCUGUUCAUGUGAGGAGCUGAUGGGAGUGAGAAAUAGUGUAAUUCUAUUCUGAAUGUCUGCUGCAUUCGAGCUGUUGCCCCAUACUACAUGCUAUCCAAUUGCUGUGUCAGCCUUGUUCCGGGACCUAGCACUUGGUUUUGCCAGAGCGCCAUCCCACUUUAAAGAUGAUUGCAUAUAGUUUGGGAUGAAUUUCUUGCAUAUAUAAGCAGGUGAUAUGAGAGAAUCACCAAUCUUGAUGUUUCCUAGUUGAGUGUAUUAUGGAAUGAAACAAGUAAAAUAAAUGCUAUUGAAUCAUAAAA